GACAUCAAACAUUUGGGAAUGGAAGACUUCUGCCAGCCUGUCCCCUUUCUGGUUCCCAAGGACUUGGCUUGUCACCAGCCAGCCGGUUGCUCUGUCCUGGACAGUUCCUGGGGCUGCUGAAAGACACUGGCAGUCUGACCAGUUAGCUGGAAUCCGGAUACAGGGGCGCUGGGGAGGGGUGACGUGGGAGGAGGGGGCGGGUGAGAGACCCUUGCAUUUUCCGCAGUCACCUGUGUCCCCUCCACCCGCCCUGGGCUCGGCCCCCACGGCCCCCGUUCCCCGGAAGGAGGCAGCCCUCGUGCCUCCGGACACCGGGAACCUCCCCUGCAGCCUGCGGCAGCCCCGGGGCGUCCCGAGCCCCGCUCUGCGGGCGGUCUGCAGCGGCGCGGGCGCGAAGAGGUUAACGCGCAUCCGCUCGGCAUGUUAAUGUGUCUAGGUGAUGUCAGUGGGAGCCGGGAAGGAGGGAGCGGGGAGGCGUCAGAGGCUCCGGGCGGCCGAGGAAGACCCCCCUCCCGGAGGGCGGCGGGACGCGGGUGCCGGGACGUGCGGGCGGGCGGGCGGGCGCCGGGCGCUGCGGCAGCCUGCGGGGGUGGACGCGCGGGCAGGCGGGCGCCGGCCGAGCCGCCGGCCACGAUGGACCUGGAAGCCUCGAUGCUGCCGCCCCCCGGCCCCAAUGUCAGCAACGCUUCGGAUGGGCCGGAUAACCUCACCUUGGCGGGGCUGCGUCCCCGCUCCGGGAGCGUCUCCUACGUCAACAUCAUCAUGCCGUCCGUGUUCGGCACCAUCUGCCUGCUGGGCAUCGUGGGCAACUCCACCGUCAUCUUCGCCGUGGUGAAGAAGUCGAAACUGCACUGGUGCAGCAACGUGCCCGACAUCUUCAUCAUCAACCUCUCAGUGGUGGACCUGCUCUUCCUCCUGGGCAUGCCGUUCAUGAUCCACCAGCUCAUGGGCAACGGCGUGUGGCACUUCGGAGAGACCAUGUGCACGCUCAUCACCGCCAUGGACGCCAACAGCCAGUUCACCAGCACCUACAUCCUGACGGCCAUGGCCAUCGACCGCUACCUGGCCACCGUGCACCCCAUCUCCUCCACCAAGUUCCGGAAGCCGUCCGUGGCCACCCUGGUCAUCUGCCUCCUGUGGGCCCUGUCCUUCGUCAGCAUCACCCCGGUGUGGCUCUACGCCAGGCUCAUCCCCUUCCCGGGGGGCGCCGUGGGCUGCGGCAUUCGCCUGCCCAGGCCGGACACCGACCUCUACUGGUUCACCCUGUACCAGUUCUUCCUGGCCUUCGCCCUGCCCUUCGUGGUCAUCACGGCCGCCUAUGUGAGGAUCCUGCAGCGCAUGGCGUCCUCGGUGGCCCCCGCCUCUCAGCGCAGCAUCCGGCUGCGGACCAAGAGGGUGACCCGCACGGCCAUCGCCAUCUGCCUGGUCUUCUUUGUGUGCUGGGCGCCCUACUACGUGCUCCAGCUGACGCAGCUGUCCAUCAGCCGCCCGACGCUCACCUUCGUCUACCUGUACAACGCGGCCAUCAGCCUGGGCUACGCCAACAGCUGCCUCAACCCCUUCGUGUACAUCGUGCUCUGUGAGACCUUCCGCAAACGCCUGGUCCUGUCGGUGAAGCCUGCGGCUGCGGGGCAGGUGCGCACGGUCAGCACUGCCCAGACGGUCGAUGAGGAGCGGACAGAGAGCAAGGGCACCUGACACACCGCCGGCCACCCUGAGUCACUGCACGACGGCGGAGGCGGCGGCCCGCCACGGGGAGAGCCGCCCGACCAGAGCCCCAGAGCCCGGGCCCCUCUGGAAGGAUGCUGGGACGCUGGGUGGCGAGGGUGGGGGGCGGGGGUCACUGCGACUAGAACCCACCCCAGGGCCUUUGCACGGCAGGGGAGGCGUGCAGCCAGCUCUGAGGGGGCUUCUGGCACUGGAUUCCCCACGGCCGUGCAGUACAAACUCUUUGGGGAGGGGAGAAAGAGGGAGAAGAACAUUCUGGUUGGGAAGCCAGGUGGAGCGCUGUCUGGCAUGCAAUCUGCUACCAGAGGUGGCUUCUGGAGGGGCCUGUCGGAAGUGGGAGCACUGUGGGGGUGGGCACUGCCUUUCUCCCACGCCAGGGUGCUGUGAGGGCGGAAGCAUGCUGUGCAGGCGCCAGUGUCCGUUCUCUUCCUCUCUCGGGGGGUGCAUGUCUAUGGGUGGGGGGGCAGCUUGAGGUCCCAGGGCGGAAAAGCCCCACUUGCUAGGAGAUCUGCUUAACGGGUGCAUCCACGGACAAAGCGAGGCCACUGGGGGUGGGGUUGGGGGCCUCAAAGUUAAAGGAAGUGCAAGGGGCUAGGGGUGGGGAGCUUUCGCAGUCGUGGGGACAUUGUCUUUGCGGGGAAUGUCUGUCUACCCCCAGUCCCCCGAGACAGUGCUCAUCCGUGCCCUGAGCCAGCUGGGCUCACCCUAAAGCCUGGCGCCAUCUGUCUGAUCCUGCUCUCCCUCCCCCCCGGAAAUAAAUAAAGGACAAACUUGCCUUGCA